AUGCCAACCGCCUCCUCAACCCUCGGCUGGACCCUCGCAAACUGGGGCACCGCGCCCACAACCUGGGUGUCGGCAGACUGCACCCCAGCGCCCCAAAUCUACUACGCCGAGCCCGACGAUGCCGACAUCCCUGAGCUCUUCGCCUCGUGCCCCAGCACGGCAUACGACAGCUGCCUUCCGCGUCCCUCAAACACCGACCUCCUGGACGACUACCUCUCCAACCAGCGGAACGUGCCCUACUGGUCCCCCGGCGCGAACUGCCCGUCUGGCUGGAAGAGCGUUGGAUCUGCGGCAAGGACAGGGAGUGCGGAGGACGUGACGUCGUCGGGUAUAUUCACGAUUGGAGCUCUGGCUACGGGCAGGUGGGAGCUCGACGAUAUCCUCGACGACGACUAUAUCCAGCUCGGGCUGCACGAUGCGUUCGGGGCGCUGCUAGAUCCCAGCGAGACGGCUGUUGCGUGUUGUCCGAGCUCCAUGACCCCCGCCCGCAACGGCCUCUGCUACAGCACACUCCCGACCCCAUCAAGCUCAAUAACAGCCGCCUGCAUCGCGGACUACAGCAACGCCAACGGGAACCUGGAGUUCACGAGCACGAGCUGGGUGAUUGAUGGGACGACGCGGAGCGGCACCAUCGCGGUCCCGACGGUCACGGUUCCGCGGACGCCGGAGAGCACGCGGACGAGGAGCAUUGAUGCCGAUGAUAGGGAUGAGCUUGUUGUUGCGAGCUUGCAGGUUCCUGUUUAUGUGGUGCGGCGAGAGGGGGAUCGCCAGGGGGGAGCGGGCAAUUCGUCGUCGGGUGGGAGUGAUGGUAGUGGGUCGAGUAAUGGGUCUGAUGCUGCGAGUGAGACGGAUACGAAUACGAAUGCCGCGGGGGCGCUGCGGCUCGGGCGUACGAGUACGAAGGCUUGGGGGUCUGUGGGUGGGAUGGUGGGGGUUCUGGCUGCGUCGUUUCUGGUCGGGUUUGCGCUUGUUGUGCCGUGGUAG